UUGCACCGCAACGUCGUGUUCCUGCACAUCCUGAAUUGCCCGACAAUAUUAAACAACAAGCUGCAAUGAAUACAUCCGGCUAUAUGAUAAAAUUGUUCGGUGGUGAAACGCGAAGUUUUGCUUUGCAUCACUUUGAAAAUAAUGUUUUUGAAUCGGAAAUUGAAGCUCUACGCAAGAUGUUACUCGAAUUGCCUGGACGAUGGAUGGAUGGAAAGAUAUUUCUUGAAAGUUUCAAAUUGAUUCUUGCUCAAGUUCAUACAGACGAUGAUACACUCAUGGAUAUUCAUCGAUUACGCUUGGCAUUUGCUCGACUUGAACGCGAUGUAAAGAAAGCCCAUAUUGAAGGUGGAAAAUUGUUUGAGACGUGUGAACCAUGCAGUGUGACGAUCAAGAUUUUGAGUGAUCCAAGCAAAGAAGAAACGGUGAUAUUCAAACAAGAAUCGUUGGACUUUUCUGAUUAUGUAAAAGAAUCAAUCAGUUCAGCGGCUUUUCUUUUCCGCGAUGAAAUUAGCGAGAAGGCAUCAGAAAAGUACGAUGCGCGUAAUCACAAUACGUUUUUUACCAAUGUUAAUGAUGCACUCAAAGCAACGCUCGUUCAUCGUGUUGAAAUUCUCAUGAACUAUGUUCACAGUCAAUUACCAACAUCCGACCCAACAUUCAGUGCUGAAAUAAAAAAUUUUGAACUUAGUCUCAAAGACAAACUCGAUGUUUUACAACAAUGUGCACGUCUGUGUCUUCGUUCAUGUCGUGAAUGCACUCGUCUGUGUAGCAAAGAAUAUGAUCACAAAGAUGAUUGUGCUUGUGGCACCGAUCAUUCGUGUCCUGAUACGUGUUUACUUUGUCCGUCUGGUCAAUCUCCCAUUCCGUGCUGUCUCAAAUUUGGUCACGAGGAACAACAUCGGUGUGAUACAGGUCAUGUCUGUGGCAAACCUUGCACGAUUUUGCCAGAAUGCAAAUCGACUUGUGGUCUUCCUAUCGAUCAUGAUUCGGAUGCGAGUCGAGAACACAUUCACGAUUGUGGAAAUCUUCACUAUUGUCCAUAUAAAUGCGCAAGUUGCGAAGGAAAGACUUGUGCUUCUGACGCACGCAAAAAGCAUUACCGACAUGAUUGUGGUGAAAAAUUUUGUUUGCAACCAUGUUCAAUGCCCGAUUGUUCAAAACUAUGCCAAUUUCCCAAUCAUUUUCACCAACAUCUCAUUGAGACGGGCAAUAUGGAGAUGUUACAGUACGAGGGAAAGCAGAUUGACUAUCACAUUUGUGGCGAUGAACAUCCAUGUGGUCAUGAUUGUGAACAGAAAGGCGUAUGCUUAGUCGAUUAUGAGAACAAGGAAACGCGUGUUUGGGAAAAUCAUCAAAACCGAUUUGAAUAUAUAUUUUAUCGACCGAAGAAAGAACGUAAACCAUGUAUCAAUCGUUUGCCACGUUAUCAACGUGAUCAUCCGCCAACGGUCAAGCAUGCUUGUGGCUUGAAGGAAAAGCAUCGCUGUGGUGAUCAAUGCCCAGAUUGUUUGAGUUUCUGUGUGAAGGAAAUCGAUCACGCCGGACGACACAAUACCCAUACCCAUCGAAAUAAGGAAUGCAAUGUGUGGGCAUCGGCUGGUGGCCAUCGAAAACAAGUCGUAGUCAAAG